AGAAACUCGCGGCUCAGCAGGUUUAUGUCACAAGCCGAUACAGGAAGUCCCCCAGCAGCUACUAGCCAGCUAAACCACAGCCAUGAUGGAACACUUUAUCGAGUAGAAAGUGUCCUCGUGCCAUAAAGAAGUGAAUUCAUGUUGUCUGGAUAGUUAAAAACGAGUGGUAACAACAAGAUGGAAGGAACUGUCGGAGUCGUAUUUUUGUCGCUCCUUUGUUUAGCGUCGGAGAUAAAUGGCCAAGAAGCGAUCUUGCAUAUUUCAAAUGGAGAUACUGAGAGGGAGUUCUGCAUUGUUCACAAUCACUCUUGGACCCCACUGGCACAGUCACUGGAUUCUGCAACGGAGUACCAGUUGGUGAAUAUGACCUCCUCUCUGCUGUGUGACAGCUCAGAGAUCCUUCCAUCUUCAGUAAAGGGCAAAGCUCUGGUGGUGAUGAGGGGCAACUGUGAUUUCAGCCAGAAGGCUCUUAUCGCUCAGAGAUUUGGAGCGACGACUUUGCUCAUUGCCAGCAAUGAAACGCUGAUAACCCCAUCAGCCAACGAGUCGGAGUACGCAAAGGUCAAUAUUUCUCUCGCUCUCAUGAGGCACAGGGAUUUCCUGGAAGCUUGGAAGGUGUUCGGGACUCAGAUGCAGGUGAAGCUGUAUGCUCCACCUUACACAAAGAUCGAUCCAAGCAUUGCAGUCAUCCUGCUGAUUUCCAUCGGCACAGUUAUUUUGGGCGGCUACUGGAGCGGGGAGUGUGAGAGGGAACGGUUGAAUAGCGGUGCGACUGGAGGAGGAAGAGGAGGCGGAGAAAGCAAAGCAGACAGUGGAGAGCUUUCACUGUACUCUCCUCUCAAAGUGGUUAUCUUUGUUGCCUUGAUGUGCGGGAUGCUCGUCCUCAUGUACUUCUUCUACAAAGUUCUUGUUUACAUCAUUAUUGCUAUCUUCUGCCUGGCAUCUGCCUCUGCGCUCUAUAGCUGUUUUGAUGCAGUGAUGGACAAAAUCGGUUGCGGCACUUUAAGUUUCUCUGUCCGGAAUUGGAACUUUUCAGUGAGGUCUCUCUUGUUGGCUGCUGUGUGCAUUAGCAUUGCGGUGGUCUGGGGAGUGUACAGAAAUGAAGACAGAUGGAUCUGGAUUCUGCAGGACCUCCUUGGUAUUGCUUUCUGCCUCAACUUCAUGAAGACAAUUUCACUGUCCAAUUUCAAGAUCUGUGUGAUUCUGCUGAGCCUCCUGCUUGUAUAUGAUGUCUUCUUUGUUUUCAUCACUCCUUUCUUCACUAAGAAUGGAGUUAGCAUCAUGGUGCAGGUUGCCCUGGGCCCAGAUGCAUCUGGAGAGAAGACACAAGGUAACAUGGUGGCGAUCCCCGCUGAACCCCAGCCUCCCUCUGAGAAACUUCCUGUGGUGAUGCGUGUCCCGCGGCUCUUAGCUUGGGCUCAGAACCUGUGUAUGAUGCAGUUCUCCAUCCUGGGCUACGGUGACAUCAUUGUCCCAGGUCUUUUGGUUGCCUACUGCAGCAGGUUUGAUGUUUGGAUCAAGAGCAAGAGGAAAGUCUACUUCAUCAGUUGCUGCAUAGCCUAUUUCCUGGGAAUGAUACUGACAUUCAUCGUGAUGUUGCUGUCAGGAAUGGGACAGCCUGCUCUGCUCUACUUAGUGCCCUUCACUGUGAUAACUUCUGCUGUGGUGGCAGGCUGCAGGGGGGAGAUGAAGCAGUUCUGGGCUGGAACCACAUACCAGGUCUUGGACUCAUCCAGGGAACCUUUGCUGCCAGAAAGAAGAACUGACCGAUCCGUAGAUGGCGAAAGAUGCUGACUUACAGUGUUGAAUAUGGACACUCUUCUUUUUCUUUUUUAAAAUCUCAAUUUAAUAUUACAUUUGCAAAGCAAGGGAACACAUGUUAUUGAUCAAAUGAUCCUUCAAGCAGUACAUUUUGAUUGAUGUGAAAGGUAAAUGAAUGCUGUGUAGAUGCAACUGAGAUAUUAAAGUGAUUAAAAACACAUGCUUAGGGCCUGAAAGUUCUGUCAGGUUCACUUUGAGAAAAACAUAAUGACAACUUUGCCUUGGUGAUGAUUGAGAACAAGAACGCACUUUAUAAUAUUCAGCUUGGCAGUUGUUACAUCAUUGGGAAUGGGUUUGGGGUUUAAAUUACUUGUAGCUAUUUUGAUAACUAGGGUUUGUGUGUAACCUGUUUGUAAGAUGUGAUUUCUUUCGUUGCCUUAUAUUAAAUAAAAAAACAACAAUUUCAUGUU